AUGGCAACGGAACAAUUAAUCGCGGAAAUGUUAAGUGCAAUUAAGCGACAAGGCGACACAUUGACAGCGUUAGUGCAAAACCAACAAGUGACAAACAACGUUGCUGCAAAUAAUACGAACACAAUUGUAAGUCACAACAUUAUGAUUGAAAGUUUCGACCCGGAAGAAGAAGAUUUUAGUUCAUACAAAGAACGGUUAGAGAAUUUUAUUAAUUUAAGAGGAGUUAACGAAAAUGAUGAUAAGACAAAACGAAAUUUACUGCUGGGGUGUUUAAAACGAGUACAGUUUCAACAGCUAGCGGCAAUAACAGCACCAGAAAGACCAGGAGACAAAUCGUACGACGAACUAGUAAAAUUGUUGACACAACGGUUUGAUAAAAUAACGUCAGUACACACAGAAAGACAUAAAUUUCUAUCACGAAUACAAGGUAAAACAGAAACAAUAGCGAAUUACGUUAGCGGAUUAAAAGAAUUAGCACAAAAAUGUAACUGGGUCUGUCCAAAAGAAGACUGUAAGACUGUCAUUGAUACGAUUUUUCAAGCACAAUUCAUACGGGGACUCAGAGAAGCGAACGUUCGUGAAAAGAUGCUAAGUAUGGGCGAAACAACGUUAGAAAAGACGAUACAAACGGCUUUAAACAUUGAAGCUGCGCAUAAACAAACUCGUGAAGAAUACGCAGGCACAGGGACAUCUAACGUGAACAAAAUAACACAGCGACAAGCAAGAAGUAAAUCAAGAGGCGAUAGAACAGCUCGUACACCGCAUACUUCCAAAAGUAGAAAUACAUCAAAAUCACCAAAUCGGAAAUCGCGAAACGACCUGUCAAACAUUGGUCUGAACGGGUUAUGCCUCCAUUGCGGGUAUAAUAACCACACGUCACAAGAAUGCAGAGUAAAACACAAACUAUUUUGCAAAGCCUGUAAAAAAAGGGGACACAUAGAGAAAGUUUGUAUAACCACACGAAGGAAUACGAGUAAUGUUCGCCAGACGACCAUAGACGACAACACAUACGAUGACGAAGAACGCAAUAGUAUAAACAAAAUAACCGAAGUUACUAUUUUUGAAAUUAAGAAUGAAGAACAUUUUGCGCGUAAGUUCAACGUCAAAGUUCGGCUCCAAAAUAAAACACAAACUUUCGAGUUAGACACUGGCAGUCCAGUAACAAUACUAUCGCAACACGACUAUAACAAACUAAAUCUACGAGCGACAGUUACUGAAUGCACAAAUAUACGUUUUCGAGCAUACAACGAAGAAUUAAUAAUACCAAUUGGCUACGUUGAAAUACCAGUGACAUACAAAAGAUUUACAACACAUCUUACGUUAUACAUCGUAAAAAGAAAUUUCACUCCGAUACUGGGACGAGUGUGGAUCCGGAAACUGAAAAUAAUACAUUUACCAAUAACGAGCGAACACGACGGUGAUGAAAACGGAAUAAGACAAAUAGACAUUACGGGGAAAUACCGACAAAUUUUUGAAAAUAGAGUGGGGAAAAUGCCAAACGUUAAAUGUAAACUGGAACUAAAAGAAGAUGCGACACCGGUUUUCUUGCCCCCACGCACAGUUCCAUUCGCACUACAUCGUAAAGUAGAGGAAGAGAUCGCGAAACUUGAGCAAGAAAAUAUCAUUGAAAAAGUGGAGUUCAGCCAAUGGGGUACUCCUUUGGUAAUCGUACCCAAGGCAAACGGAGAAAUAAGAAUCUGUGCAGACUACAAAAACACCGUCAAUAAACAUUUGAAAGAAACUCAUUAUCCAAUUCCGAAAAUCGACGAGAUUAUAAACAGCACACACGGAAGCGAAUAUUUUUGUGUAUUAGAUUUGCACAAAGCUUACCUACACAUAGAAUUGGACGAAGAAAGUCAAUUAGUAGCAGCAAUAAGCACCCAUUUGGGAACGUACAAAGCAAAACGAUUGUUUUUCGGGUUAAAGGCAGCACCAUCUCUUUUUCACUCAAAAAUUCAACCAAUACUUAGUGGAUUAUCAAACUUAAGAUAUUAUUUCGACGAUAUCAUAAUAUUCGGGAAGACAAAACAAGAUUGCGAACAACAUUUGGACGAAUGCUUAAAACGACUGGAAAAACACGACUUACAUUUAAACCGAGGAAAAUGUCAAUUUUUCGUAACACAAAUCAAAUACUUGGGAUACAUUAUAUCAAAAAAAGGAGUGGAAAAAGACCCAAGCAAAACGGCAGCGAUCGCAAAGGCACACAUACCUACAAACGUGACGGAGCUACGACAAUUUUUGGGGGUUGUGCAGUUCUUCUCAAAAUUCGUUCCGAUGCUAUCGACAAAAAUGCAACCCCUGUACGAACUGUUACGAAAAGAAGCGGAUUUCGUGUGGAACAAACAAUGCCAGCACGCUUUUGAAACCAUUAAGAAAGAAAUCAUAGGCGAUCGAAUACUUACCACAUACGCACAAGACUUACCGUUGAUUUUAGAAGUUGAUGCAUCUCCCUACGGUUUGGGAGCCAUGCUAGCUCAUAAAAUCAGGAACGAAACGAGACCUAUUUGUUUUAUUUCGCGAUCCUUAACAAAAGCGGAGAAGCAAUACUCACAUUUGGACAAAGAAGCUACAGCGAUUUAUUGGUCGACGUCAAAAUUGUGGCAAUAUUUAUACGGCCGAAAAUUUGAACUCAUAACAGACAGCAAACCAUUAAAAACGAUAUUAAAUCCGAAUAAAAAUUUACCGGCAGUUACGGCGAUGCGGUUAAUGCGAUACGCGUUACAUAUGAGACAAUUUAAUUACGAAAUAACAUACAGACGAGGUAAUGAAAAUAUGGUAGCUGAUUAUCUAUCGCGUGCGCCUGUAGAAAGCGUAAACGACGAACGAGUAGACGAAAAUUUCAAAGUAGAAGAAGAGAUACUACAGAUAUUACAAUUGUUGUGCACAAAAGCAAUCACAUACCAAGAAAUAGCAAGCGAAACAAAACGCGACAAAGAAUUAAGCGAACUGAAACGGAAAUUAGAAAAUGGUACAGAAUGUGAAAAUCAGUCCGAAUACUCACUACACAAAGACGUUAUAAUGCGGGGAAAUAGAGUUAUCAUACCGAAAACCUUACAAGAAUAUGUGCUUGGCGAGUUACACAACACUCAUUGCGGCAUCGUGAAAAUGAAAGCCAUCGCGCGAUCAACGGUUUAUUGGAAGAAUAUCGAUAAAGAUAUCGAACAGAUUGCAAAAGCAUGUCACAUCUGCGCUCAGUAUCAAAAAGCGGAUCGACAUGUUCCAUUACACAAAUGGGAAACGCCUACAGAACCGUGGCAAAGAAUUCACAUUGACUUUGCGGGCCCAAUCUACGAAAAACAACUACUAAUAGUUAUCGAUGCAUUAACAAAGUGGGUUGAGGUGAUAGUGUUCGACAAAGCACCCACGUCAAAAACAACAAUUACUGCGCUCAAACAUAUAUUCGCUGCGCAGGGGCUACCAAUGACAAUCGUUUCCGACAACGCAACAAUAUUCAAGAGCGACGAAUUUGAGCAAUUCUUAGAAGCCAACGGUAUAGCUCAAUUAAACAGCGCACCAAAUCAUCCCGCCACGAAUGGACAAGCGGAGCGUACAGUACAGACGAUUAAAACGAAACUUAAGAAAUUAAUGUCCGAGUCGACGGGAAACAUACGCGAGAAAAUUGACGAUAUAUUAUUCGACUAUCGCGCGACACCAUUAAACUGCGGAAAAACACCGGUGGAAUUACACUAUGGUAGACAAAUUAAAACAAAAUUACAUCUACUGACACCGCCAACCAACUUAAUAACCGAUACAAAAUACGACAAACACGAACGAAAAAUAAAAUCAUUUACGAUCGGACAACGAGUUCUAUCCCGGAACUAUUACGGCAAUGAUAAGUGGCUUUUGGGUACCAUUGUUGAGCGACUCGGGAAAAUACAUUACCAUGUGCGCCUCGACAACAAAGUAAUCGUAAAGCGUCACGCAAAUCAGUUAAAGCGUACUGCGUGCCAAACGACACCAGCGACUUCAGUCGGCGAGCAAGUGAAGAAAAAUGAAACCAAAGCGGUAUUAUUCAAGUUACCAGAUAUAAGCGUACAAAAUCAACGGAAACCGGCAAAGGAGCGAAAAUCAGAACAAGUACAAGUACGACGAAAAUCAGAACAAGUACAAGUACGACGAUCAACACGUACACGUCGUCCGGUAGAACGUUUAAAUUUAUAG